UAGUUCAGGUCAAAAGUUUCGUAUGUUUAGUCAUGAAGUUUCCAAAACUGUCACUUCUGACGUUAGCCUCGAUCUCCUCGAAGCGAACAGUCUCCAUCAGUCUCCAUAUUUUUAGCCAAUCAAACGACGAGUUAUGUAUCAAGGCAAUGUCUCAUGCUCUUUUUAUUAACAAGUAUUCAUAAAAAAAAAGGAAAAUUAAUAAAAGAAAAAAAAAUUAAAAAAUCCUGAGAACAGAACUAGUUAAAAAAAGUUCGACAACGGCACUGGUGAGCGCUGAAAGUAUGACAUGGCUGCUCACGCUCACGUUCGGACAGGUGAGAGGUUUAUAUCAUCACAGGUUGUCGCCAUAAUUUAAAAACCGUCCGAUCAUUAAACUUUUAACGGCUAUUGAAAUUUUUAACGGCGAAAAAAAAGGCGAAAGUGUUUUAGGAACUAGAACAUGAUUCGAGGAUUGCGAUCAAGACAUAAUGAAAUGCCAAUCCCAACAAGAACAGCACCUAAACCUCCUGGAAAUCCAAUUGAUCAACGGAACAAUACAUGGAGUAACAAUGAUCCGUUCGGGUCUCUAACAAUACCACAGCCAAUUCAAAAGAAAAAGCCACCUCCUCGGCCGCCACCUCCUCGAAUUAAGAAGGAUAAUAUUCAAAAUAAUUUGAAUAAACAAAGAAAACCCACAAGACCAACGGAACUCAUUACAAAUUUAUUUGGAAUACGCUCAGCUAAGCAGCCACAAAUCAAAUCAAUUUAUUCGCAUAAUCGACCUUCAUGUACAAAUGGUCAAUCAAAUAAUUCAUCAGAAGGAACAGUGUCACUAAUAGACUUAAGUCCGCCUGGUUCACCUACAUUUACUAUAAGAUCCAGUAGCGAUGGUGUUAGUAUUGAUAGUUUUGGAAGUGAUGGAAAUUCAAAUCCAUCGGUAUUAACAAGUAGUAGUGGUAAUACAUCACAGAAUGAAAGUGCCUUCGAAGAUGAUUUUGAUUUUUUUGGUAGUUUAUCUAAACAUACUAUACAACAUGAUCCAUGGAAACAAAAUACACCUUUUGACUCUCUUUCACAAAAAAAAAUUAUCAAUACAAGUUUAACAAAUGGAAUUAAACAUGUUGGUGAAUCCUCGUUUAUUUCUUAUAACAACGAGCAAUUAUUUACACCAAUGUCUGCAACAAAUAGUGUUUUAACGAUGCCAACAAUUAUUCGCGCUCGACCUCCGAAACCACCAGCGCCUAAAUUGCUUACCACCACUAGUUUAGCGCCAACUGUUCCAAACUUUAAUGUUCCUUCAAGUGCACCGAAGGUGAUAAAUAGCUCUUGUACUUUUAAUGAAAAUUUAACGUGGCCUACUUCGAUUAGCGCAACGCUAUCAGAAGGGAAUUUUUCACCACCUAUGCCAUCAAUUCCACCACCAUCACCGCCACCAGAGUAUUUAGCACAAAUAGAAUGUCCGACCACACAAAAAAAAUCUAAACCACAAGGUGUUGCUUUGUAUGAUUUUGAAGCAACUCAACCUGGAGAUUUAUCAUUGAAAGAAGGUGAUAUUGUGUUUUUAACUAAAAAAAUCAAUGAUGAAUGGCUGGAAGGUCAGAUAGGGAAUCAUAUUGGGAUGUUCCCUGCUAAUUUUAUCAAUAUAACAGUACCAUUAAAUGAAUGCUCAUCUGAUAUUGUAAAUGCGUUGUAUACCUUUAAUGGAGAAACCUGGGAAGACUUAAAUUUUGAGGAAGGUGCAAAAAUUAAAGUUUUAUCGAAAAUAUCUGACGAUUGGCUUUAUGGUGAAUAUCAAGGUAAAAAAGGGCAGUUUCCAACGAAUUAUAUCGAUCGGGUUCCUAGUUACUUACCAAAAUAUUUAUAAUUAUUUAAAUCAAAGCUCAAGCUUAUGAUAUUAAUUUCAUAUCGUUAAAUUGAAUUUAACAGUAUAUGAAAUAAUUUAUAAUUAGUAAAAUAAUAUGGAUAUAUUUUUUCUAAAAAUCAGGCGGGAACAGUGAUAUCAGUUAUUACAUAUGAAAUACUUUAGCUCGAUAUCUUAUAUAAAUUUUGUACGAAAAAAAAAAAAAAAAUAAUAAAUAAAAAAUCUCAAAUUAUCGGUUAUUUGUAUUGAUAAAUUUCAAUAGAUAAAGUGAUAAAAAUGUAAAUGUAAAUCUAGUGAAAUUAUUUGACAAAAUUUUGUAAUCAUUGUAAUUAUUUAUAUUUACAGACGUAUGUCUAUUGUCUUGCAAAUUAACUUUGUCAAGGAUAUAUCAAGAUUUUUUGUUUAAUUUUAAUUUUAUUAUUCUUAAAAUAUUUAAAAACUUGGCAAUUUAACUGAAUUAAAGUAAAAUAUUCAAGUUCCAAUAAAUAUCUUUCGCAUAAUAAUACUCGGAAUAGUUAGUAGGAUAACUGACAUUUUUUUUUUUUAAGAAAUGAAUUAUGUAAGAAGCAUUCAGAUAGUUUACUAAAUUAAUUUAUGAUUGGUUCUUACAAAUUGGGGAAAAAAUGUAAUUGUAAAUAUAGAGAAACAACAAUAUUUUUUAAUCCGGAAAAGAAAUCCUAAAACUUCCUACGGUCUGAAUUUUACUAUAUAAAUAGAUGUAAAUUUUUUAACUAUUA